GUGAAAGUAGACGUGCUUUCGAUGAGAACCUUCAACAAAAUACUCAGAGAAGAACCGUGUCAAACCAAAGGUAAAAGGAUUCUUUGGAUUGAUUAAUUUACAAGCAUACUGUAUACAGUAGGCCUGCCUAUAUUUGUAUUUGUAAAUCUUUAUAAAAGUUUCCUUUUAUGUAAUUUUUUACAUUUGUCUGAGUCUAUAUGCAUUUGUAUGCUUCGGACUGAUGUAGAUUGGGCAUGUACGACAAAAUAAACAGAGUUGUAACCAUUUAAUCCUAGAUUAUUGUUUUUACUACCAUUUUCGGCAUCUUAACCAGUAUCCUGGUUUGUAGCAAGCCUGGCUUAUUAACAAACCUAAUUUCAUUAUAAAUACAACGUAUAGCAUUAUUGAGUGGUACCCUAAAAUAUAAAUAGUAAUAUGUUGAUAAAAAAGAUCAGCCAUUACACUAACAUAUAACUGAUUCAGAUUGUAUUAACAAUUUUCUUAAAAACAUUGACACAGAAAAUUGCAUCUUUGUGCUAGAUUAUAAUCAUUGCAACAACUGCAAGAGGGUUUUGUAAUGUUUUUAUUUUUGAUUGAUUCCAGUUGUGUAUAACAGCAGACCUUCUGAAUGGCCCCCAUAACCCCAAGGUUUUCCAUGGACCCAGUGGAAGAUGAGUCGGUUCCUCUGAUGGGCAGGGCCAGGGAGGACAGCGUACGAUCCGGCUCCAUCACCCCUCCGCGGAUACAGCUCCACCUCUACUUCAUUCCCAGCACCAAGAACGCCGUCACCAUAGACCUGCGAUUUGGCCCAAUCACCGCCGAGAACAUCUGCCUCGAAGCAGCCAAGAAAUGCGGUAUCCUUCCUGUGUACCACAGCCUCUUUGCCCUGUCCUCAUCUGACCUCUCUUUCUGGUAUCCUCCCACGCACGUCUUCAACCCGGAGAACCACACGCUCGUUCACUUCAGGGUCAGGUUCUUCUUCAGCAACUGGUUCGGACAAUCCCCUCGAACGUCCUACCGCUACAGCCUGACCAGAGACAGAAUCACUCCUGUCCUCGACUACUCCGUCAUUGAUUAUCUCUUCGCCCAGUGUCGCAGGGACUUUAUAGCCAAUGAGGGGGGGGUCUCUCCUCCCCUCAGCGUCCAGGAGGAGUGCCUGGGCCUGGCAGUGCUGGACUUGUGGAGGAUGGCCAAAGAGAGGAACCAAAGCGUGAGGGAGGUCUGCAACAGCGUCAGCUACAAAUCGUGCCUUCCCAAGCUCCACUCCAUGGACCUCCAGCGCCGCAACCGCCUGGUCCGCUACCGAAUCCGCACCCAGCUCAAGUGCCUGCUGAAGAAGCUGGGCAGCUGCUCGGUGGACGAGUGCAGCCUGAAGCUCAAGUACCUCAUGGAGCUGGCCGCCAUCGAGCCGUCCCUGGGCAGCGAGACGUACGCCGUGAACCGCUCCGGCCCUCACCAGAGCCCCGCCGCCAGCCACACCUCGCUGAGGGUGACCGGAGAGGCCGGGAUUGAGACCAACGGGAACCAGGACCCGGACGGCACCCCGGAGUGGCAGACCUUCUGUGACUUCCAGGAGAUCAUGGACAUCAGCGUGAAGAGAGUGUGUGAGGACCAAGGACCUCCGGAACAGGGGCCGCAGGACGCCAGCGUCGUCACGGUGACCCGCAGUGAUGACAGGCCCCUAGAAGCCAAGUUCCAGAGUGUAACGGAGGCGCUGUCCUUCGUGUCGCUGGUGGACGGCUACUUCCGGCUGACCACGGACUCCAACCACUUCUUCUGCCAGGACAUCGCCCCCUACAGUCUCCUGGAGAACAUUGAGAACCGCUGCCACGGCCCAAUCACGUCAGAGUUUGCUGUCAACAAAUUGAAAAAGUCGAGGAAAAAAAGAGGCGCGUUCGUGCUCCGCCAGAGCCCCAUGCAGUACCAGAACUACUUCCUCACCGUUUGUGUUGAGACGUCACUUGGACUGGAUUACAAAGACUGCCUCAUCAGUAAGAGCAACGAGGAGUUCACUCUCCUGGGCGUCCAGAAGAGGUUUUACAGCCUCACCGAACUCACCAAUCACUACAAACACCACAUGCUGCUGCUCGCUGACGUGCCCGUCAAGUUAAGCUGCUGCUGCCCGCCACGCGCUAAAGAGUUCACAAACCUCAUUAUCAUACGUGACAGCAGAGCCGUUCAAACGCAAGGUUCGGCGAAACCCGAACCCAACAAAUUUGCCAACAUCCAGUUCCAAAUGAUCAAGUACGAACAGCUCCAGUGGGACGAGUGCCUGGGCCAGGGUUCCUUCACCCGGGUGUUCAAGGGAACCAAGGUGGACAUCCGGGAGGGAGAGGAACACCGCACGCAGGUCCUGCUCAAGGUGCUGGACGCCAACCACAAGGACUACUGGGAGGCCUUCUUUGAGGCCUCCAGCAUGAUGAGCCAGAUCUCCCAUAAGCACUUGCUGCUGGUCUACGGCGUGAGCGUCCACGGAGCGAAAAACAUCAUGGUGCAGGAGCUGGUGAAGUAUGGAGCUCUUGACCUGUACUUGAAGAGAAAGGGCUCUGUGUCAGUGAGCUGCAAACUCGACAUAGCGAAACAGCUAGCGUUGGCACUCAACUUUCUGGACGAGAAAAACAUAGUCCAUGGAAAUAUCUGUGCCAAGAAUGUUCUGCUGGCCAGAGAGGGAGACCCAUCCCAGGAAACCUCUCCCUUCAUCAAGCUGAGCGACCCCGGAAUCAAAGUGUCCCUGCUGGACCGCAACGUGAUUCUGGACAGGAUUCCCUGGGUGGGACCAGAGCUGUUGCAGGACCCACCCAUUCUGAGUCUGGACUCUGAUAAGUGGAGCUUUGGCACCACCUUAUGGGAGAUCUUUAACAACGGAGAAACUCCCCUCAAAGAUUGGGACCUGGAAAUGAAAAGUCGUUUCUAUGGGACCUACCAGCAGCUGGAGCCGUCCCAGUGGACAGAGCUGGCGGAUAUGAUCACCCAGUGUAUGGACUAUCAGCCCGCCUCCAGGCCUUCCUGCCGCGCUGUGAUUCGCCAACUCAACAACCUCAUCACCUCAGACUACGAGGUCCUGCACGCGAGCGAGGCCCCUGAGAGAGCCCUCGGAUGCAGCGCUCUCGGCACCCCGCUCCAGGAACAGACUCCAGUGUUCGAGGAGCGCUACCUGCGCUACAUCUCCCAGCUAGGGAAGGGGAACUUUGGCAGCGUGGAGCUGUGCCGCUACGACCCCCUGGGGGACAACACGGGCGAGCUGCUGGCCGUGAAGAAGCUCCAGCCCAGCAAGCGCUCCUUCCUGGCCGACUUCACCAAGGAGAUCAAAACUUUGAGCGUCCUGCGCUGCGACUACAUCGUCCGCUACCGCGGCGUGAGCUACAGCACCGGUCGUCUCAGCAUGAGCCUGGUGAUGGAGUACAUGCCCCAUGGCAGUCUGAUCGGCUACCUGGAGAAGAACGCCUCCGUCGGCCUCAGCCGCAUGCUACUCUUCGCCUCGCAGAUCUGCAAGGGCAUGGAGUACCUACAGAGCAAGCGCUACGUGCACCGCGACCUGGCCGCCAGGAACAUCCUGGUGGCCAGUGAUUCCUUGGUCAAAAUCGCAGACUUUGGCCUGACCAAAAUCAUCCCGGAUGACAAGGAGUACUACCGCGUCACACAACCGGGAGAAAGCCCCAUCUUCUGGCAUGCGCCAGAGUCCAUCACAGAGUCCUCCAAGUUCUCCCACAAGUCGGACGUGUGGAGCUUGGGCGUUCUGCUUCACGAGCUCUUCUCCGACUGCAACCACCACCAGAACCCCAAACGGCUGUACAUGCAGAGGAUCAGCAGCAACACACAGGGCCCAGCCAUCCCCAUGCAACUGCUGUUUGUACUGAAGGACAACUGGAGGCUCCCGGCUCCCGCCCACUGCCCCGCCAGGGUGUACGUGUUGAUCAGGCAGUGCUGGGCCUACAGUCCAGAGGACAGGCCCAGCUUCUCCUCCCUGAGCGACCAGAUCCACAGCAUCGCCCAGGAAGAAACGCCCAGCUGAAGGGCCAGUGAGAGCCAGCAUCUACGGUUAUAGAUACUCAUGGUAUCUAUAAACACCCCCCCGCCCCCCCAAACCAGGAAACAGGGUGGUGGUGCGGAAACUGGUUUAUUGAAGAGUGUGUGUACAAUGAUGCACACAGAUGGUGCUCCAAGCUGCCAUGCAGGAUAUCCCUUCCUGAGUGUGUGCUGUGAUGGUGGGUUUAUCCUGGGAACGCUGAUCACUCAACAGGCAACAGCUGUGCAGCCUCGCACAGUCCCGGAGUACAAUCAGUCUGACCCGGGGCAGGUGGGACGGCUUAGGCCAGCCUUAACCACACACAGAAUGGCAGUGUGGUCAUUUCAAAGCGAUGGUUAUGUUAUUUUCAUUCAUAGUUAAUAAUUCUUACAAGAGACACGGAUAUGUAUAAAUAAUACAUUUGAACUGUAUCGGAAUUUGAUACUUUCUAAAAAAAAUUAAAAAUAAUGCAGUUUUCAGUGUUUUGCCCUUCAGUAAGGCACAUUUCCGAUACCUGUAGCUAGAUAGCCGCCUCCAAAGGGUUCAUUGGAGAGCAGGUGUAGACAGAGGUUCAUUAUUCAGCGCUGCGACCUGCCAUUAUGCAGAGAUGAAAGGCAGCGGAACAAUUAUAUGAACGGGGUAUUUUCCAUGGACCACCAAAUCAUACAUAAAUGAACCCAAGUAAAGAUAUAUAUAUAUAUAUAUAUGGAUUGAACACACAUGCACACACAGACAUGAAUUUCCUUAAACGUGAUCGAGGUCAAUUUAAAGGAAGAUGGCUUGUGUAUUAUGUCCAGUUGUGUUUUGCUUCUUCGAUGUGCCUCAUAACAGGGGAGGACCCGUGCUGCGAGUCAUUCUAAAAGAAUGUCGUUCCCUGAAAUGUUUUCAAUCAGUGUUUGAUGGAGUUUAAUUGUAUUUCAUAGUUUAAUUGAAGCUCACAGCAUUGUGCAAUAUGAGUAUUGCAUAUAUAAGGUUCUAAGAAAAUGAUAACAUUUAUGAAUUAUUUAUUUCGUAUAUAGAUCUAUUUUUUUAUCCUUCAAUAAUAGCUGAGAUUUUGGUGGCCAUUUUGCCAAUGACACGUGAUGUAUCAAGCUGUUAUAUACAUUUUUGAGUAUACACUGCUUCAUGGUAACCAUCCUUUACAAAUAAACUAAAGGGAGGCUUGGAGCAUUUAUCAUUAAGUGUUAUUUGCUGAAGUGAUUUGAAGUACACCAGUAAUUAUCAAUCAGGGAUUACGAGACUUUGAUUCAGGGCCACUUUAUUUCAACAGAAUUUUUAUUAUAGUAUUUCUAUGCAGCCUCAAUUAUUUGAGAGGUUUAUCGUAGUUUAAAUAGUACUUAGCAUUGUGUAGCAUCUGAUCAAAGCAAUAAAAGUUAUUUAAUGGGAAUGGGUGUAGGCCUACCUAGCAAUUGUAAGUGCUUGGCACUUGACUGUACCGACAGUAAUGUAUUUUUGUUUCUUCUGACAAAUGUACUAAUUGUAAGUCGCUUUUGAUAAAAGCGUCUGCUAAAUGCCCUAAAUGCCAAUGCACCAUUUUGAACAACGUGUAUUCCCUGUUGAGUUUGAAUGUUUUUGCAGCCCCGUGAAUGUGUACAACAAAAUCCCCCUUGGGGCAAAUAAAGUUGUAUUCUAUUCCAUUCACUUAUUUCGUUUUCCUUAUUCAUUCAUUUAUUCAGCGUUGACUAAGAAUGGUCUGCGCCUGUCUGAGGAUGCAAAUGACUUGAGUAAUGAGUGAGUUGCUAUGGUGGCAUGGCGAGGAGAUAAUAAAUUGCCUCCCUGGUGACCACCAGCAAUGGAACAACAACUGAACAAACAGUCUGGACAACGACUCUGGAGGGAAGCGUAAAUCUGAUUCCUUACCCCCUUAUUAUCCCAACGAAUCACUAAAUAUUCCCUAAACCGACCCUCUACGGACGUGAAAACAUGGACACCGUUUUCGUUCGAUCCUUCGUGUAGGUCAUCUCGAUGAGCAUUCCUUCUGACCUCACCCCUUGCUAUCCGAAUCCAUUUUGAAACCCAUCGUAAACCAGCAUAUAGAUAGCUGUACAAACAGACAUACAUACAAAUAUACUGCCCUUUUAUGAUGAUGCGGUUAUUAAUACCUUUCCCAUCAUGCCACUGGGUAUCUCCAAGUAACAGCACCUAAAUAUACCUUCAUGAAUGCAAAUGCUCUUCUGCUUUUACACAUGUUGUAUUGAGCUCAGUGACCGGUAUCUCCUUUGUAGGCCUGUGUUUAAAGUAGGUUCUGGUGUUAGGGAUAAGUUUGGCAUAAGUUUUUGCUUUAUUUCCGGUAAGUGUUUGGUAGUGCAGUGGUAGGGCUGAUUUAAAGGUUGGUUUGCGUUGAGGUCUACGGUAAGAUAAGGAUUCAUUUAAAGGUUGGAUUACGGUUAGAUCUAGGGUAGGACUGGGGUAUGUUUAAAGGUUGGGUUCUAAAGUUUCAGUAUGUAGGAUUAAGUAGCGUGUAGCGGUGAGGUUGCAGAUUGCAAUCACCUGAACACCCCCCCUAACCUCUCCCUUGCACACAACCAAGAAGAAGCUUUGGUUGCAGUAGGCACUUCCAAAAUGAUGUCAUCAUAUGUGAUGAGGUGAUGAGUGACGAGGUUUCUUGUUGUAUUCAUACAUUUUAUUUAGUUCUGUACUCUGUAAAGCUAAUGAUAUUAGUUUAUGCAGAAGAAAAGGAUUAUGAUUCAAAAAAGUAUCCCCAAGACAGA